CAGGAAAACAAAUUGGCGCCUGGCCUGCAUGAGUGCUGCAAAGCGACGCGGCCCAUCCCAUCGCCCUCUCACCUCACCCCAUCGUCACCAACCACCGCCCUCGCUCAGCCACCAUUCCGCCCGCCACCUUAUCUGUCCGCCCCAGGUCUAUCUGCAGCCGCCAGAGGCCUCGACAGCUUUUGCACGAGAUGGCCGCUGUGCUCGUAGAUACGAGCCAUGCGAUCCUGACACACACAGACACAGACAAGGUCGACAGACACAACCAUGCAUGCCGUUUCCGUGACCAGUGGACGGACCUGCAGCUCCAGAUGGGCUCGCCGCAGCGAAUGCAACUCAUCACUCAGCGCCGCACACUCUGCGCGCCUCGCCUCGCUGCACACACACACACACAGUUGCAACACAAUGACAGGAAUAUCUGAGCUGUGGUUGCUGCCGAUGUCGGGGCGUCUACCUUUCGGCAACGGUGGCGGCCCGCGUGUUGGUUCGCCAUCUGUGCAGGGCAUGUCGCUGCAUCUUGCCCCAAUGCAGCACGGCCAUGCGCUCGGCAGCCCUCAUCCACAGCAUGUGUCGACGGCAUCGGCCCCACGCCCACCGAGCCGCCGAGAGGAAGGGCCGCCUCAGUCGGGUCUCCAUCUUGUGGGCGGCCAGCCGACGGCCAUAGAAGACACACCUACACCAACAGAAGGAGGACACGUCUAUGAGUAUCGAUGCUGCCUCUUGCCUGCCUGCCUGCCUCCGUCCUCACCUGUAUGCCAUCCACGCCCGUCUCAACAUCGCCCGUUGGCGCCGCCUCACCAGCAGCUCACCCAGCCUGUGAAUCGCCCUCCCCCUCAAGGCCUCCCGCCGAAGUCGCCGCCACGCACGUGCCACAUCACGACGCUCCACCGACCGCCUCAAUUGGGCCGUCAGGUCCUGGCGCUGAGCCUGCCGUGCGAGGGUAGCCUGGUGCCAGGCGGUGAAUGCCAGACGGCGGCCGUGGCGCCUGAGGCGGUCACUGUGGACGUGGUCGGCGGUGGCCGUGUCCUUGGUGACGCGGGCACUGUGCUGAGUGAGGGAUACAGAGAGGCACACAAGACAACAUUUUCAUUGAAUGAGACCGGCGUGGUGUGCCAGGGUCGCUUGUGGUGGUGUCGUACCCGCUGGAGGGCCGUGAGGGCUGCCCGAAGGCUGCUUGUGUGCCACCUGCUGAUGGCCUCACCCAACUGUCCCACGGCGCCAUGCCACCUAGUCAGCGGCCGCUCUCCCGCAACCGUGGCCCAUCCCCUCACACACCGCUGCAGCAGCGCCCGCCGCCGACCCCCAGCCAUCGUCACCAGCCUCUUAUACUGAUCCACUAGCCUGCUAUCGGCACCAAGCGACGCCUGCAGUGCCUCCCACGACAUGGCCUCCCCCUGGUCCAACAGCCGAGGCAUGGCAAUCUGUGCCCUGGCCAGGAUGAAUCGCUGGAAGGGGACCUGGAUGUCAUCGGGGAGGAACUGCUGCCCACCCACCUGCUCCCAGAACGACUGAGAGGACUGGGGCGGUCUUGGUGGGCGGGGCGGGGGAGGCUGCGGCACCGUCAGAUCGCAGUCGGCUCGCCGCUUGAAGGCCGGGAUGCAGAAGCGCGACGAGAAAGAUGGGUCGUGUGGGGGCGGCUGGUCUCGGUCUCGGUCUCUUGGUGGGCCGGCCUCAUCAUCGGCCGUGAGGCUGGUUGGUGCCGGCGGCAUCUUCACUAUGAUAUCGCGAUGCUGCGAUGGCUCGACAGGCGACGGCUGGUGGAGGGAGGGGGAGGAUGGCUGUGAGAGGGGGACAAAGGGAUGGCCCUUCAGAUCAGCCGUGGUCCUAGUCUUGACCAGUGACGAGAAGCUCAGCGGCGUCUUCUUGGACGAGGCCGAGUCCAGCAGCGGCCCGGGUGGGCUGGUGGCGUCGUCCGGCUUGCUCGCCUCGGUCUCUAGAGACUGAUCCACAGCAGCAAAAGGCCGCUGCUGAUGCAGCGGUGCCCUCAUGGAAGGGGAUGGCACCCGCGGAUCUGACCUCCCAGAACUGAACAGCCCAGACGACCGCCUCAGAGAAGAUGCCAGCUCUCGCUCUCGGUCUCGCGGUGGCGGCACCGGUGAGCUCGCCAACGCGUCGGGCAGAGGCGGCAACAGACCCUCUAUCUCAGCAACACCAUCCAGACGAACGCUCAGAGGAGCAGACAGGUCGAGAGCCGCGCCGCCGCCGUCGUGCCUGACGCUUCGCUGCAAGGCCGCCGGUCCUUCAUCCCCGCUACUGGCACCCAUGGUGGCGUGGAAGGGCACCGGCCUCGCGGCUGCUGUGGUCCUUAUCGGCGUUCGUCGCGGCACAUCGGGCUGCAGGCUGCUGAAUCGUGACUCGGUGGACUCGUGUAGGGAUGACCGCCGCCUCUGGCUGCGAUGAAGCGUGUGCACUGGGGGAGUCUCCCUGACGCUGCCCGAUGAGCGAAGGGAGCGGCCGGAAGUUCCCAGGCGGUCAGCGGUGGUGCGCUUUGGCGUGGCCUUCUGUGAGGAACUCCUUACCCUGCCCCGAUUCAUCCUGCGCU